CUGAAACCCAGUGAGAUGGCUUCGACACAUAAGCAACUUUGUGCCCCUAGUGAAACUCCAAACGGUAGAGGGUACGGUUUGGAUGACGGCCUUGACUGUGAUGAACCAUUUGGUGCUGAUGAUAAUUUGUCGCCAUUGCAGAAACUAGAAAAAUACAUUGAAAGUGAUAAUGUUUAUACAAGACAAAUGGUUGCAAGAGGAUUACUUGACACAUUGCGAGCUGUUGGUGAUUCUGAGGAGCAGACAACAGCAGUACUCACUGCUAUGGUCAAGUUGUCUGAGGAUUCAGAUCCGAUUGUUAGGUCUGAGUUAAUGGAACAGAUUCCACACAUUGCUAUAUACUGCCAUGAUAAUGCAGACAUCUUUCACAAUGCCAUUCCUAUGUACAUACUACCAAUGGUAGUCAGAUACCUUGAUGAUGCCAAUAAUCAGGUGAGAAAGACUAGUCAGGCAGCACUACUGGUAAUACUCGAACAAGAACUGGUCAACAGAGAACAAAUAGAAGAUCAGGUUGUAAAUGUUAUACUGGAGUUGUCAUCACCAGAAUGUCUAGACGAAUACAGAACAGAAGCUGUUGCCCUGAUGAGCAAGAUGGCACCAUUACUGGGGAAGGAGAUGACAGACCGAGUGUUUCUAAACCGGUUUUGUGAAAUGUGUACAGAUCCUUUGUUUCAUGUUAGAAAGGUGUGUGCUGCAAACUUUGGUGAUUUUUGUGCAGUUGUCAGUCAGACCAGUGCAGAACAAAAACUGUUGCCAAAGUUCUACUUCCUGUGUGAGGAUGGUGUAUGGGGUGUACGGAAAGCGUGUGCAGAGUGUUUCAUGGCCGUUUCCUGUACAUGUUCACCUGAAGUUCGGAAGGCAGAAUUGGCGGCACUGUUUGUUAAUCUUCUCUGUGAUCAGUCAAGAUGGGUACGUAUGGCAGCUUUCCAGCAGCUUGGCCCAUUUAUAUCAACGUUUGCUGACGCCGACUGUACUGGCAUGUAUGUAGAUCAAGAUGGAAUGUUAGUUUUUAAACCGGAAGAGUUUAAAGAAAGGCAGCGUAAGAAGGAACAAGAGGAAGGUGAUACUGUGGUUUCUGAGAUCAUUGACUGUGAUAAUAAGACAUUGCCAGAUGUUAUACCUGCAAAUGUUUCAAACAUCUCGUCUCAACCCAACCAGAACUGUGAUAUAACCGCCAAUCUUCUACCUGUCGAUAUGGACACAACUGAAGAUAGCGAAAAGAGAGUUUCCCAAAAUACUGACAACAUGGAAAUGGCAGAAGAUAGUGGUACAGGUCCAGCAGAAAACUCUGAUGAUCAAAUGGUUCAUAAAGAUUUGAGCAAAUCUGUUGAAGAAAAACGGGCAGAAUUUUACUCUGAAGUAGGCAUUGAAAGCACUUUAGAGUCCGACAACGAAAAGCAAAAUGAAAGUGAUAGGACAACGAGAGACAAUAAGUCGCAAGAGAAUGUUAAUCAUAAUAAUGCUACUGAAAGUAAUCAUAAUAUAAGUGAGGGUAAAGAUGAAAGUAGUGUAGAAAAACCAAAAGUAGAUGAAAUUAGAAUUCCAUGUGAAAGUAGUGAAGAUACAGAUAAUGAUAUUGUAAUAAGUUCAGUUGAGUCUGAAUCAGGCGGCACCACUACAGAGCAUGUUCAUAUACAUUUAGAUAGUUCUAGUGACUUUGAUUCUUUUCAAUAUUGGCGAACUCCUCUACCUCAUGUUGAAGUAGAUUUAGUUGAGUUAGCAGAGCCUAAACAAGUCGGUGCAGAUUCAAAAUUAGACAGCUGUGUAACAGCUGACACAGUGAGCUCAAGCGAUAGUACGAGUGGUUUGACAUUAGGUUUGUCCGAUAGUCUGAAUGAUUUAACUGUCUGUGAUAAUCAGUCCGCACCUGUGACGUUGGGAACUUCAGUAGCUGUGGAGCAUGACUCUCAGGGUGCAGGUCAGGGAAUGUCUGGGGAAACAACUAUGACUGUGAUAGAUGGAGUUGUACAAGAUUUUAACCUAGGCCAAAUAGACAGUAAUCUUCUGCUGUCGUUAUUGCCUCUUGCAGAUCUAAGCGGGGCUGGCCCCAUUUCCUACAUGGACAGUGAUUUCUCAUCCAUGUCCCCAACAGGUUUCAGGGACUCACUGAUGCUUGAUGAUGCAACACUCGCUCAACAGCAGGACAUUGUGCCUCAAAGUUUGUUAGAGAAUUACCUCGGCAUGAUUGACCCGUCCCGGGCACAGACUGUGGAUACUGAGAUUACCAAAUACUGCGCCUACAACCUUCCUGCUGUGGCAUACACGCUGGGCAGAGAAAACUGGCAAUGUAUCAAGAACCUGUAUGAAACAUUAGCUGCAGAUAUGCAGUGGAAAGUACGACGGACUUUAGCCUUUUCUAUACAUGAACUAGCUGUGAUACUGGGUGAAGAAAUAACACACAGGGAUUUAGUACCAGUGUUUGAUGGAUUUCUUAAAGAUCUGGAUGAAGUGCGGAUAGGAAUUCUUCGCCAUCUAGCAGACUUUUUACGGUUGCUACAUCCAGAUGUUAGACGACAGUAUUUGAUCAAGGUACAGGACUUCAUGAAUGUGGACAACAACAGAAAUUGGAGGUUCCGGCUAGAGCUAGCAGAGCAGCUUGUGUUGAUAUCGGAGCUGUAUUCGGCCCAGGAGAUCAGUGAAUAUUUGUUACCUAUGGCGUUAGCACUGGCAGAAGACAAGGUGUCAGAGGUCAGGGCUGAUGCAUAUCAUUUAGUCAGUGUUAUGUUGAAGAGAAUAGUAGAAUGUGGAGAUGAGAAACUAGUCCAGUAUCUGGUCAAUCAACUUUUAGCUAGGUUUGCCCGUGACCAAAAAUGGGCACGUAGACAAAUAUUUACUCAACUGUGUCAAGCAAUAGUCAGAGAACAAGCAGUAGAUGCAGUCCAGUUUGCCAAAGAUUUUCUUCCUAGUCUACUAACCAUGGUUGAUGAUACAGUACCUAAUGUACGCAUCACUCUUGCCAAGUCUUUGACAUGCUACAUGAUGAACGAAGACUACAGUCACUGCAGCGGUCACCCGUGCCCUGAGGAACUUGAGAAAGCAUUUAAGAAGCUACAGACUGACUCGGACAGGGAUGUUCGGUAUUUUUGUUCAAUAGAGGCCUACCGAGAAACUAUGGCCGAGAGUGUUGAAGAUGACGGAAGUCUUGAUGAAUAUCCUGGAGUUUAAAAAAAAAGAACUGUUACUAAAGGAAGAUGUUGAACGAAGGAGAUAAUCAGACACAAUCAAAAUGAACACAAGAUUGGACACAGAAAUUUUUUCGUUGAUUAAAAAAAAAAAAUCAGAUUCCAGGGAAAUGAGGAAAGGAAUUGAAUUAAUCGCAUGUGUGUGAACUUGAGCCAAAAUGUUAUAGGAAGUGAACGUCUUUCUGAACUCUUUGUCUUUCUUAGAUAGCAAUUAGUAUUUGAUUAUUCUUUUAAAAAUAUUGUGGCUGUGCCAUUAAAAAUAAUCACAGUAUGUACUAAAUAUAUUUGUUAUUAGAGGGAAAAAAUGGUCAGUUGGAGUUUAGAAUGUAUGUUCUGUACUGGAAGUAUACUAAUUCUGUGUAUUUAUGCAAAUAUUAUGCAAAUCAUAUUUAUUAUGUGCCUAUGUGAUAUAGAAACAAAAUAGAAGACUGAUAUUCAAAUUCUGUAGAAUAUUCUUUUUGAGGUAUUUAAUAUUUUAUAUCACUAAAUUAUAUUGCAAUAACUUGUGAAUAAGCUUUGAGGUAUCACAUCACAUGAUAUCAUAAUAUAAAGAGAACUCACUGGAACUGUCUCUUGAAUUAAACUUGUGUAUAUAGGAUGUUUAAAGAAAUCCUGUUUCUUUUUAUGAAAAUACUCAAAAAUUAUGUGCUCUUACUUCCAAUGACAUAUUUUCUGUAGCAAAUACCUCUGUUAAAUUUUAUUCUGUAAUUGAAUCAGAGCAUUGAUUUUGAAGAUUUUGAUGUUAAGUUUUCAGAAAGGAAAAUAGAAAGGCAGUUCUUGAUUUAAGUUUAUAGGUAGUAUUAAUUCGGCAGUGCUAGACAUAGAAAGGUAGGAUCUCGUAUGAAGUUGCCUCUCCUUACAGUUAAGAUGUUUUAAUUCAUUGCUGUGUACAUGUAAGGGAGAUGAUUACUAUGGAAGAUUGAAGGCAGUCAUUAUUUUGACGUUACAGUGAAAGGUGCCUAUAAAUAACUACUGUCAUUGUAUGAAAUCUCUUUUUGAUCUGAUAUAUAAUUAUGUAGGUCUAUUUUUGAUCUUUUAAUUUAUGUAAAUCAUCUGAAAAUAAUGUUUUAUGUAAUAAUGUAAUAAUUAUUCAGUGUUCUUCUGUGAUAUUCUACCAUAAUAUAUAUAUGAAAUGAAUGGAAGUUUUCAUAUACAGGCAUCUUGGUGCUUCUAUUUGUAUUACUGUAUAUAUAUGAUCACCUUGUAUAUGAUUACAACUGUGGAAAAAAGUUUAACAAGUGGAGCAGUUGCACCAAGGCAAAAUAAACUUCCUGUUGUCAUUUUGGAAAGAAAGAGGAAAAACUGUUGGAUGAUAAUUUUUUUAGGGAGUUUUGUAGUCGAAUAUAAGAAGAACUUCUUGUAGGAUUUUAUCGGAAUUGGUCUGAUUUUAGGUGAAGUUGCCAACAGUAAGCUGUGAAACAAUAUUUCAAGCUUAGAUAUUGGUAAUUUCAGCAUACUGAAUUUUCUAUAAAAAAUCCCAGACUAAUUACAUUUUGAUUUGAACCUGUUUCGAUUCUUUCUCUGAAAUUACAAUGUUUUUUUAUGCAGUUGGAUUGAAUUUUUUUUUGGUAAAUAUUAAAUACUCCUGUUAUGAAAAAGCAUGAAAUUUAUUUUAAAAGAGAAAUAUUUAUAUAUUCAUUGGUUAUUAUUUCUUGGUUAGUGGGGUUCAACACUUAAAAUGAACAAAUUAAAUCAUACUUAAAUGACGUUUUGUAUUUUUUAAAGAUUUGUUAGAAAAUUUGUACCUCAGUUUAAAGACAAAAAUUUUGUAGUCUUUAAUUCUUUAUACAUAUAAUCUCUCACUUUACUAAGUCAAAUAUUGGAUUGGAAAUGCAGCUUUAGAGACGUAAGGGAUUGUUGUACGGUUACCCGAGUGAGGUGAUGGCAUUCCCAUCUACCAGCAACAUAGCUCACCUUAAAAGUAAACUAUUUGAUAAAAAACUUUGUUGUUAGAAUUGAUAUUUUACUUAGUAUUUUAAACUAAAUUCUUCUAAGGCUAAACAUGCAGAAUUCAUCGAAUUUGCAAUAAUAAUAAUAAAAAAAACGCUUGUUAAUAAUGUGUGUAAGUGUUACAAUGAAGGGCAAAAUUUAAUGCAAUUGAUAGACAUGUUUUGAUAGGGGUGUGAACAUGUAUCAUUGAUGAAAAGACAAAUAAUUUUGUGUGUGAAUAUACAUAUUAAGAAACAUUAGAAGAUUCUCUGGUUGAGCUAUUGUGAUUGCUCACUGUCUGAUGUCUGUCCAUCCAUUCUCUCUUCAGAUGACAUAUCUUAAAGUAUUGGCCAGAAUUGCAGCAAACUUGGUCAGUAGCAUUCUGGCACGAUUCUCUAAAAGAUUGUUCGAUUAUUCUAGCUUGUACUCCAUUUAGGGGCUGCAGUAACAAAACCAGAAAAAUUGACUUCCUCUCAAGGAGGGUGUGAUUUUCAUCAAACUUCAUAUGUAACAUCAUAAUGAAGUCCUCUGCCAAUUAUAUUCAAAUGGGGUUGCUUGGCCCCUAAGGCCCCAUGAGCUGAAAAUAGAAAUACCUGUAAGCAGCAUCUGAUGAAUUGCUUGAUGGAUAUUCUUUAAAGCCCUGCUCCACGGCUAUUCAAAUUCUGCUGUGUGUUUGCAACCCAUGAUUACAAUAGGUAACAGUGAACGGCCACGCGCCACACUUUAGCAUGCAAAACCACAGGUAUUUUAAUAUAAAAAGACUAUUUUGAAAGGCGUCACUGUUCAUAGUCAGGAUUUUCAUGCUUUUUUAGUGACAAUUUAAGGUUAAACGGUAGGACUGGAGCAGAUCUUUAAACUUGACUUGCGCAUCAUUGUUUUGCCUAAUCCAAAAUUUGUUCAAAUGUAGGAAUGUCGGCAUUUUGGGGUCGCUUGAGCUUAAACACUUUGAUGGAUUGUUUAAGCUCUGAAACUCCAGUGAGCAGUGUAGGGUUGUCUGGCCCUCUUGUUCCAGUUUGAUGCAAUAUUUCACAGUCCGAAGUAUUUUUAAUUGGGUGUCAAAACAGUUUGCUUCAGACUUCUGUUGAGCUAGGGUAUUUCGUGUCUAGAGGUUUGUGUAAAGAUUUUUUGUAUACAUUUAGAAAAAUGCUCAAAACGUUGUAUAAGAAGGGACCAUAGAGUCGGCUUGGUAGGUAUGGCACUAUAUAUAUAUAGCUGCCUUUUUGUAUCUACACAAACUGGUUACCUCAGUAUGAUUUUUAGCACAAUUGUUCCUGAUCUAGACUGAUACUUAGCAUUAAAUUUACAUUAAGAUGGAUUUGAGAAGGGGAUAACACCAAAAAUGUUUACUGUUUUGUUAAGUUGCAAAUCAGGUCAUGUAGCUUUCUUACUUUGUUUGCCUAUCUAUUCAGUAAGCAUACCUGUACAUGUGAAGCAGAAUUCUGCAUUAUUUUGUGAUACUUGUUAAAUUUUAUUUUUAUGCCCCCGAAGGGAGGCAUAUUAGUUUUUAACUGUCCGUUCAUUCGUUUGUUAGUCACGUUAACUUUUUGCAUGAAGGCACUUUACUCGCAAACAACUGCACCCAGGACCUUCACAUGCUGAUAGUACUCAUUGAGUACACGACCCUUACUGACUUUGGGGUCACCUGGUCAAAGUUCAAGGUCACAGGGGUCAGCACUUUACUCGCGAACCACUGCACCCAGGACCUUCAAACUUCACAUCCUGAUAGUACUUAUUGAGUACACAACCCCUACUGACUUUGGGGUCACCAGGUUUAAGGUCAAGGUCACAGGGGCCAAUGUUAACUUUUUGCAUGAAGGCGCUUUACUCGCGACCACUGCACCCAGGACCUUCAAACUUCACGUGCUGAUAGUACUCAUUGAGUACACGACCCCUACUGACUGGGGUCACAAGGUCAAGGUCACAGGGGCCAGCGUUAACUUUUUGCAUGAAGGCACUUUACUCGCGAACCACUGCAUCCAGGACCUUCAAACUUCACUUGCUGAUAGUACUCACUGAGUACACAGCCCCUACUAACUUUGGGGUCAAAGGACAAGGUCACAGGGGCCAGUGUUAACUUUUGCAUGAAGGCACUUUAAUUGUGAACCACUGCACCCAGGACCUUCAAACUUCAUAUGCUAAUAGUACUUAUUGAGUACACGACCCCUAUUGACUUUAGGGUCGCCAUGUCAAAGGUCAAGGCGCUGCGGGGGGCAUUUGUUACCAUUAGUGACAGCUCUUGUUUUUUUUCUUCUUUUGACAGCUCUGCUGUUUUUAUAGCCUAAAAAGCCUUUUCACAGAAGAGAAAACUGUCAGAUUGUAUUUAUUUAGUUUGCAUACUAAAUGUUUAUGAGCCUUUUAAAUAAUAAACAAGUGUUCUCUAGGGGAUAAAAAUAAAGCACACUGGUUGUCCACUUGAAGUAAAGUUGUUAGUAAGUCAGUUCUUAGGAAUUUGUGAAUGACUGACUUGAAUCUUUAAGAGUGGUCCAGGAUGUUGAUAGACAGAAUUUCAUGAAGAAGCGGUUAUUGAAAAACAUAUUUCUGGUAUUGGAAAGAGUUUCAGGCGUUCAAUUUUCAACUGAAUCCAGGACCUCGAGUUUUGGGUGUUGCUUGGAAUUAAGAGCCUAUAGUUUCAGGAGUUGCUAGGAAUUGCUGGCCUAGAGUUUUAACGGUUCCUUGGAAUCCUGUGAAUGAAUUUUUUGUGGUUACUGAAUAUCCUGGGCAUAGAAUUUUAGGGGUUACUGGACUCGUGAGAAUACUGAAUGGUUUAAUUGUGCGGAAGUGUGAAUAAUAUGGUUUUAUAGAGUUCCUUACAGUUAAGCAUUCAAAGUACGAUUAUUUAUAAGAUUUUUGUUUCACUUCCUUGCAUUACUCUAAAUUAACCCUUUUAGAAGCUUUCUUCAUUCUGUAAUUUAAAGGUGCAUUUUUUAUCAGCUUUAUUUUCCACAUUUUUCUGUGCUUUCAAACUUGUUUUGCGUGCCACUGUAUGUGUUUAUUCAGAUUUUAUUGUUGGGAAAUUUUAUUUUUAGAAUGGAGAUUGAUCCAGAUAUUUAUAUUUUAUUUAAUUGUUUGACUUGACUUCUGUAUAACCAUUGUAAUAAUGAGAAAAUAUUCUAAACCGAUUAAUUAUUUUAUCAAAAGACCAGUGAGUGAUUGGUCAGUCAGUAUGAAAUAAAGUAAGAAUGAAAA